GGGUUGGCCCCUUCCUAUUGGCUGGGUAUUUACCCAGAGAGUCAGCUUUCAAAUAAAAGAACCCUUGAAUCAGGCAAAGAGUGCUAGUCAAAACAGCAAGAAGGAAGAUGGCAAGGAUAUUGAUUCUUUUGCUUGGGGGCCUUGUGGUUCUAUGUGCCGGGCAUGGUGUAUUUAUGGAUAAACUUUCUUCUAAGAAGUUGUGUGCGGAUGAGGAGUGUGUCUAUACUAUUUCUCUGGCAAGAGCACAGGAAGAUUACAAUGCCCCAGACUGUAGGUUCAUCGAUGUCAAGAAAGGGCAGCAGAUCUAUGUUUACUCCAAGCUGGUAACAGAAAACGGAGCUGGAGAGUUUUGGGCUGGCAGUGUUUAUGGUGACCACCAGGAUGAGAUGGGAAUUGUAGGUUAUUUCCCCAGCAACUUGGUGAAGGAGCAGCGUGUAUACCAGGAGGCCACCAAGGAGAUCCCAACCACGGAUAUUGACUUCUUCUGUGAAUAAGAAAUUAAUUAAAACAGCAGAUAAAACAGAAACACCAGUGAUGAAGAAGAGAAGAAGUGGAAAUAACUGAACCUGUGUAUCUGUACCUUCCUGGCUUUAUUUGGUGGCAGGAGGUUGGAUCUUGAAGGUGCUAAGAUAUGGAAAUUGUCAACUCAGUCUUGUUUACUCUUGCCCCGGUCUUUCCACCAACUGCGACUACGUGCUGUGUGAAUCAUAUAGGUCAUUUAUAACCCAAUACUUAGCUUUCAGCGAGGAGAAUCUUUAUUUACUCAGUGAUGAACAUAUAAGGUGUUUUAUCUGUAGUUAUUUCUAAAUGGUCAUUCUCCCCAGCUCUGACUCCAUGUCCUUAAGCUUGCUGAGUUAGAAGUCUGACUUUUGGGUGUGUUUUCUGUUAUUUGUCUCUCUGGUCAUGUGAAGUCUUAAUAAUGUAUUUGUCAUGAUAACUUCCUAUUGUUACUUUUUAUAUCUGAUGCCCUUGGAUAGAAGAAUGUUAGGUAUAAAACAAGUUUUUGUACUCAUAAACAUUUGGACUAUG